GGCAGACUAUCACACGGCUCUGAGGAACAACCCAGUGCCGAGCCUUUUUUUUUUUAUUCUCCUGGAGUAAAUCCUCUUUGCCUUGUGCCCUCAGCUCAACCCCAAGACGAAUUUUCUGUCCGGAUCUCUUAAAACUGCGCAGGCACAGGCCGUCCUCUUUACGGAGCGCGUCGGGAUGAUUUACGCGGAGCAGGAGGCAACACUGUCAGGGAAUUAUGAAGCAUUCCACGGAAUGAUUCUAUAAUAUCCACCUACUGGGGGGAAUUUAAAUUUAAAAAAGGGUGUAAAAACCGGCUGGAAGGGGGAUAAUAAUAAAAAAAAAGUCAAGAUGCUGGACGAUAAAGCGCCCAGAUCGAAGCUCGGCGCUCCGUCGAGAGGCUCGUCGUUUUACAUCGAGAAUUUGCUGGGCACUGCGGGCGGUGAUUCCUCAGCUGAAGAGCGGCCGGACACUCCCGGCUCCAGGGUCGGUGCCCGCACCCUAGUGUGUCCGGGGAUAGAGACGAGAACGCGGAGGGAAGGAGAGGAGCCGCACCGGCGCGCAACGUUUCCAAACACAGUACGCGGGAGCUCCGAAAGUCUUCUACAGAAGCACAGCAACUCGGAUGAACAGCCCGACCCUGCGCCAAUAACCAGUGAACUUGUUUCCAAUGAUUUGAAAGUGAGGGAGAAGGAGGACGCGGAGGACAAGGGGGACGAUGGACUGCUGGACGACAGGGAGGAGGAGGACGCUCCCUCCUCCUGCGUCUCUGGGGAGGACAGCAGUGACACUGGUGAUCUGAAAGUGGUGCGGAAGAAGAAGACGCGCACCGUGUUCAGCCGGAGCCAGGUGUUCCAGCUGGAGUCCACCUUCGACCUGAAGCGCUACCUGAGCAGCUCGGAGCGGGCCGGCCUGGCCGCCUCGCUGCAGCUCACCGAGACCCAGGUCAAGAUCUGGUUCCAGAACCGCAGGAACAAGUGGAAGCGGCAGAUCACGGCCGACAUGGAGGCGGGCAGCCCCCUCAUCCCGUUCGCCGCGGCGCACCGCGUCGUCCGGGUUCCCGUGCUGUAUCGCGAGAGCGCCGGCACACCUGUGGGCCUGUCCGGCCUGGCCCACGUGUCUCCCCCGGUGCUCGGGGUCUCAGACGGGGUCAACUACCCAUUGACUGGCCGCUUCCCCCAUCCAGUGACGUUCCUCACGCCUCAGAUGUCAGGACUGGUGUGAAUCUGAAUGGGCGUGGAGGCGGCGACGAGACCACGGCGGUCCACGUGUGGCUCAAACUAAUCUACUAAAGAUACUGCAAUAUGUUCAUUUUAGUGUUAAGACUUUUCCAAAGCAGUUCCAAAAAAACAAGUCAGACUGUAUUUAAUGCUUCUUUUGGAUGUUUGAUAAACACAGACCUACGGUGGCCGAGACCCACUAUUGCUGAAAAAAAAAGUAACGCUGCAAACAGAAACAAACGCCGCUGCAAAUAAAAUAAACGCUACAAACAAAUAGAAACGCCGCUGCAAAUAAAAGUAAUGCUGCAAACAGAAACAAACGCUGCUGCAAAUAAAAGAAACGCUACAAACAAAUAGAAACGCCGCUGCAAAUAAAAGAAACGCUGAAAAUAUAAAGAAACCCCGCUCCAAAUAA